GCAUUAAGAUGGGGAAUGAUAGUUUGUGGAAUGUGAUUUGGUGAUGAUAAUCUAAUGAUCAUAUUUGAAUGAUCUGCGAAAUUUCAAACUCAAGCUUCCACUUAUAAAUUCUGAGAGCGAGGGACAGAGUCAGACUCAGAGAGACAGAAAGGAGAAGCAUGGAGGCUUCGAUCCACGCAUAUGAGGACAUUCGUAGGAAAAGAAUCGAAAAAAAUCUCAAGCAGCUUGAGGACCUUGGAAUUGCCAGGAUCUCUAAAAGCCUUCUUGAAGUUGCAAAGAGGGAGUCCAAACAAUUGAAAAUCCAUACGUGUUUCAAGGCAAAGAAGUUACUCGAGACUUCUGAGUUGAGGCGCUCGUCAAGAAUCCAAAAGGAAGUCCCUUCAUAUUGUGAUGAUGUUGUGGAUUCUGGCAAAAGGAGAUUAUACUAUCGCAGGAGUUGUAAGAGCGAACCCAUUGGAAGAGAAUAUACUGGAAGAAUAGCUUCUUAUGAAGAAAAAGUUGUUGCCCUGAAGAAAGCUGAGAUGCUUCUAACUGAGGUGUCAUCUAAUCACCCCUCCUUUGUUAAAUCAAUGCUUCGUUCGCAUGUGUCCAGUUGUUUUUGGCUUGGUCUACCGACAAAGUUUUGCAGGGAUCAUCUUCCUCUAUGUGAGACAAAAAUGAUUUUAGAAGAUGAGGAGGGUGAAGAACACGAAGCAAUUUAUAUUGGUAGGCGCACUGGCCUUAGUGGUGGGUGGAGAAGCUUCGCAGUGGACCAUAAAUUGGAAGAUGGAGAUGCCUUAGUGUUCAAGCUGAUUGAAUUAAGCAGAUUUAAGAUACACAUUGUAAAGGCUAUUGUGGGAUCAACUGAAGCUAAAGAUGAAAAAGCCCUUUAUGAAGAUCCUUGUGCCUCUAUAGAAUCGAUAAAAACAGCGGAUUCGUCCUGUGAGAGUAAAUCAUCCCUCUUUGCGAUUCAAGUUCCAAAAAAUAAAUCAGAAGAUCUAUCCAGAAAUGCAAGGAAGCGAAAGCAAAGCAAACCAAGGCCUUCUAACUGAGCCAAAGCAUACAGAAAGUGAUCUUCUCUUGACUUUACACUUAGGGACAUGGUAUGUAUUCUAGGAAUUUUUGAUAGGCAAUCUUACAGAACCUCACAUAGCACUCACCUGUACUUUUUUGUCUCUAUUGCCCCUUCCAAAUCAAAGUGAAUUUAAGAUCCUGUUGAGCUAGGUUAGCCUUUAGGUUUUUGCAUUAUGUGGGGUUGUAGACAUUUGUUAUCCUAAAUGACUAUGUCAACUGCUGCAUGUAUUUUGAAAUCUGGCUUAAUAUUUGACUAUAUUGCAGCAUCUUUUUGAUAUAA